AAUCUGAUCAUGAGAAGGAAAGCGGGUGUUGGAGCAAUUCAAAAACAGAAACUUCAGCAAGAAAAGUAUCAGGCGAAAACCUCAACUUUGCAAGAGAACCAAAUUGAGCAGCUUUCGAAGCAGUUAGAAGUUUUUCGUACCAAUUUAGAAGAAUUUGCAUCAAAACAUAAGGCUGAGAUAAAGAAGAAUUCCGAAUUUCGGAAACAGUUUCAAGCAAUGUGUGCUUCCAUUGGUGUUGAUCCUCUUGCCUCCAAAAAGGGAUUUUGGUCCGUUCUUGGUAUUGGAGAUUUUUACUAUGAACUUAGUGUCCAAAUCAUUGAGGUCUGCCUAGCAACAAAUCACAAGAAUGGAGGUCUUAUCAGCCUGGAUGAAUUACGAAACCGACUGAUAAAAGCUCGUGGUCAAAGCAAACAUCAUCAAGAAAUCAGCAAAGAUGACUUGAUCUGUGCCGCUCAGAAGCUCAAGGUCCUUGGUAAUGGCUUCACGGUGAUUCCUAUUGGCAGAGGGGACUACAUGGUUCAGUCAGUGCCCGGAGAACUGAGCAUGGAACAAACGGCAGUGCUGACACUCUUGAGUAAGUUAGGUGGUGCUUCCAUCAGUGAGUCUCAGGUAGUGGAUAAUUUGAAGUGGGAGAAGGCGCGUGCCACCAAAGCGCUCAAGAACAUGGUUCAAGACGGACUUGCAUGGACGGAUACACAAAGCGAUGAGCCAACGUAUUGGUUACCCAGUUUAUUUUUCGAAUGUGUGAGUGAUGGUGUCUCCUCAGCUGGGUCUUAAUAAGUCAUAAAGUAGUUUUUUAACACCUACUAUCACAGUUAUCCAUUACUAAAACCUUUCGUUUCGUGAAGGUGCUGACUGUUGUAUUUUUGCAAUCAUUUAAAUGAUGUUGAGAAAAAGGAAAAGAGAAACUGUUAUUUUUGGACCUAGUUAAGUGUGGAUAGGAAAGCUGCAACUAUUUUAUUUCUUUUCCAUACCCUCUCAUUCUUCUUCAUUACCUCUUUGAUCCCAAUAUAAGGUCCCAAAAAUUGAAUAUGACCGAGAAUAUCAUCCAGGAUUAUUUUGCGCAUAUUAAGUCGUAGAGCUCCAUUAGUAAAGUUGGUUCUCUUUUGUCACAAAGUGAAUGAGAAGAAAAUAUAUUCAAUGGUAAUUCAAAAUCUUUGUUGGUCACUUUGCUAAGGAUCAGUGGAAUGUCAACUUUGAACAGUAAAAAAGGAAAAUCCAGGAAAGCCCAGGGUCUUAUCUGGAUCGAAUUUAACAGGCAGGAAUCUGUGCCAUUAGUGAUGUAAAAAUCGUGCAUCUUCAUCUUUUUCCAAACAAAUAUCCCUGCGAAUAGCAGAUUGUUUUUAUUUUUUCACCAAAAAAUUGUUAAUUUUGAAGGAUUACGAUUGUGUGAAUUCUAUUACUGUUCUUAUAUUUAGUAUUUUUUAAAGCUAAGAAAAAGUUGCAAGAUUUUGAAAACACUGACAUUGCGUCACUUUCUUGCUGCUAUAUGCUAUCCAAUUUAUGAUGAAAGGUGAAACUGAUCCAUAUUUUUCUUGGCAAGCCUCAAAUGACAGUAAUCCUCUACUUCAGGCUCUUCUGUUUGAAAUAGCACUAUUGUUACUUUCUGAAGUCGAUGUGACUUCACAAUACAAGUACGAACAUUAUUUCUACGCCACUCUGUAUUCAUGCUUUUAUUCAUUCUGUUUUUUUUUCUGUGAAGAUAUUUUUACUAUUAAAGAAAACUACUUACGAUGUACUGAACUGUUAUGCGCUAAGAUCUUUCCACUUGCUGUACUAUUCUAACCAGAAAAGGUUGCAACUGCCUUUUAGAAAAAAAGUAAAGAAUUCUUGCCAUCAAGCAGAACCUCUGA